GCGUGCGUGCGUGCGUGGAUGUGCCAAAGCCAGCCGCAGCGUGCUCCACCCCACCCCGCCGCCUCUCGCCUGCUCCGCCAAUAAUACACCGCCGCGUUCCCACCUCGCCCCGCCACCAGCCUGCCUGCCUGCCGUCAUCGGCGGGUCCCCGCCCCCCGCAGCAAUAAAGCGGGACUGGGGAUGCGCUGACUCAGAUGGCCUCCCUCUCCCUCUCCCUCUCCCUCCCCGCGCGCACGCCUCUGCUCCGCCUCCUCUGCCGCCCCCGGCCCCGCCGCGCCAUCCUCCCCUCCGCCGCGCCGCCGCCCGCACGAGCCCUCUGCCGCACCUCCCCCUCCUCCGCUGCCGGCGCGCUCUUCCUCGGAGCAGCAGGUACAAGACAGAAGGGCGCAGUGUGGAGCAGAACCAUGUCGAGUUCAGUGAAUUCAGCAGCGGUGGUGGCGGAAUCAGCAGCGGCCAAGAACGGAGCCAAUGUCGAGCCUCUUCCAUUUGUGAAUGACAAGCAUGGGGGCGUCAUUAUUGAGAUGACGGCCCCGAUGGAUCCCCAAGUUUUCUCAGCUUCCUUGAAAUCUGCCUUGUCAAAAUGGAGGGAGCAGGGAAUAAGAGGUGUCUGGAUAAAAUUGCCGAUCGGCCUUGCCAACCUUAUUCAAUCAGCAGUAGAGGAAGGAUUCUGGUACCAUCAUGCAGAGGAAACUUACUUAAUGCUUGCAUACUGGCUUCCGAAUUCGACUCAUACAUUACCUGUAAAUGCUACACACCGUGUAGGUGUUGGAGCUUUUGUAAUGAAUGACAAAAGAGAGGUAUUGGCUGUCCAAGAAAAAAGUGGUGUACUUCGAGGACUAGGAAUAUGGAAAUUUCCAACUGGAGUUGUUGAACCAGGUGAAGAUAUAAACAUUGGAGUUGUAAGAGAAGUAAAAGAAGAGACAGGGAUUGAUACAGAAUUCAUUGAAGUACUUGCCUUCAGGCAGAGCCACAAAGCUUAUUUUGAAAAAUCGGAUUUAUUUUUUGUGUGUAUCUUACGGCCACUUUCCUUUGACAUUACUAAGCAAGAAUCCGAAAUUGAGGAUGCUCAGUGGAUACCGGUGGAGGAAUUUGCAGCACAACCAUUUGUACAGAAACAUGAGCUCGUGAAGUACAUUCUUGAAGUUGGUCUGGCUAAGUCGGACAAGGAAUAUGCUGGAUUUUCGCCAAUUAGCAUAAAAUCCGCAUUCACGGACAAACAGUCCUUCUUUUACAUGAACAGGAGGGACCUGGACAAAGCAUCGGGGUCCGGCAAUGCACAACAAAAAAGCGGGUUGUGAAAGGGUACUCAAUUACUUCAUUGGUCAGUUGGUAGUUUGUACACCUGAUUUUGACAGCAUGCUGCCUGCUUCCACCAUGUGUGAUUAAGAGAUGUAGCUUAGCAGAAAUACAGCUGAAGUUGGUGUACUUAUCUUAUCAAUUGUAUCGAUAAGCUUACAAAUAAUGAGAAUGUUGGUAGGACUGCAACCUGGCAUUUUCUGUUCAAUCCAAGAUGUUUUCUCUUA